AUGGAGAUCAAGGCUAAGCGACAACGUAACGUCGGCGCCAAAUAUAGCAAGAACGCAUGCCGAACGUGUCGUAUCCGGAAAGUAAAAUGUGACGAAUCAAAACCUGAUUGUUGGAAUUGUGUCUCUACUGGACGCAGUUGCGAUGACUAUGAACAGGAGAAAGAAAGCAAGAGCAGAGUCCACAGAGCUGCGCCUAGAUUUCUCCUUCCAGCAUCCUCAGAAUUGCUUCCUCUUGCGAUUGCUCGACCACUUUCGACUUUGAGCUUUGACACCAUCUCGGAAGAUCGCGUCUCUUUCCAAUUCUUCACUCAGCAUAUCGCUUCUGGGUUGAGAUUGAUAUCGCCUAGCCAUGGAUGGAUUACUUUGUCCUUGCAGCUUUCUAGCACCGAGCCAUGUAUCUAUCUUGCUAUUGCAGCUUGUGCAAGCGUCGCCAGUGCUCGACUGUCCAAACGACAUCAUUGUUUCUUUGCUCCACCUUUGCCAAUCAGAGAGAAGAGAAACUUGAGACAGUACUGCAAAGCUACCGCUGCACUCCAAAAGUACAUCAAGCUUGUUGCUUGCGGAAAGGGAUAUCUGGAGCCGAUCUUGCUUUGCUGUCUGUUGUUGGUGGCGUACGAGACUUUCCAAGAUGAAUGUAGUCUUGCUGUGCAGCACUUGCAGUUUGGCAGGAGGGCUAUUAGAGAAGGUGCUGCUGGGCAUUGGCAGUUCUCGUCGAAGGAAGUGGCAAAGGAUAUUACUGCUGCUUUUGACUGGUAUGCUGCGCAAGUCUGCGAGGUUCAAGGAGAACAGAUGACACAGAAGGAAGAACGAUGUGACUUCAUCACGCGAUCUUUGGUCGACCCCUGCAUGUUCGUCUCGAUUGACUCCGCAAAACAGGCACUUGACAGUCUCGCAUCUGCCGCGUCAACCUGGAGAUCCGAGUUGCUUGCUUUUGCGGCUCAACAUGUUGCGAAAUUGAACCUCGAGAGUCAGCGACCGGCCGUUCUUGAUUGUAUCGUUCAUUGCGUCAGCCGUUCCUUGCCACUCCCUCUGAGACAUGACCUAGUCCAGCGACAAAUACAGCUCAUACAAGCGCAUAGAGUAUGGCUGCAGGAACUAGCAUCGAUGCAAAAAGACCGAGAUUGCACUAAUCGCCGGGCACUCCUUCACAUGCAGAUUCAACUGUUCUACUCACAUUUCAUCCUUGCAACUGCCAGAGAUAUGCAUGUGAAACAGAUCGACCGCUUCAACGACCAAGCCGCCGUCAUCCUUGAUCUUGUAGAGGAGUAUCUUUUGCCCUGCCGAGCCAAAAUCGGACCCAAGCCAUCUUCUGCGAGUGGAGCGGGACACAAUCCAUACUCGCCUUUCCCCCAGACGCAGGAAUAUUCCUUCUCGCUCGAGUACGUAGUCGUUCCUACUCUAUUCGCAAUCUGCUUAAAGAUCCGGCAUUCUGAGGUCAGGACCCGAGCGCUACAAUUGCUGCGGUCUGCCAACAGGCGUGAAGCAGGGCAGUCGAGCGGAGAAUUGUGUCACUAUGCUGAUGCUAUCAUUCGCUUGGAAGAGUCAAUGAAAACUAUCAGUGCAACGAACAGCGUGAACCCUCUCGAGGUUGUCAUCGAGGAAGCUGGGCAUCUAAAAGUCAGCCUGAUCUGUGGAAGAUACAGGACUGAAAGUGAUGGUUUGUUGGAGAUCGUGGAGUAUGAGGGUGCCGGACUGCCUCCCUUACGUUUACAGAAGGUGAAGGAGGGUGUGUUCCCAUUCGGAGUCAAACCAAAAGAGUUUGUGGAUAAGAUCGUUUCUUGUCCUUUCUCUGAAAUGGUAGAGCAACAGCAACUCAGCGGUGUAGAGUGCUUGAGCUGA